GCGCUCAGGGAGCGGCGGAGCGCGUUGGGUGUGAGCUGCCGGUGUGAGGCUCUCCGUACGCAGGGACUAAAGUAGUUCCGGGAGCAACUCUCGGCUGCAGCGCUGCUGGGCCGCAGCGUGAGAGCUCUCCGUGACACAGCCAGCUCACAGCUCGCUCACCUCCGUCCUUUGAAUUGCUUUGCACUGAGCCCGUCUGGAUCCUGCGCUGCCCAUGUCGCAGUGCGGGCACAAAAAGCCUUCAGCACUUGCAGGGAUGCAAUGCCCCACUGCAGGGAGUGUCUGCACAGCACGCGCAUAGCUGCAGCUGCUCCUGGUGCUCCACUGCUGGUGGUACAGGGCAGGACUUUGCUGAAGAAGGGAGCUUCCCUGCCCGUGCCUGCUAGGAGAGCCCUCGACAGAGACGGUGCUAAAUACAAGCACACAGGCUCCAGGUCCCUUUCAUCUCCUGUAUGGGGGCAGCUGCUCCUUCAUGCUCUGAGUGUUGUCUUCUUAGUGACCAGAGAGAAGGAAUUGCAAAUUAACAAGAAGAAGAAGAAGAAAAAAAAUCCACUCGGCCUGUGGUGUGAGUGGGGGGCAGCAAUGGAGCCAUUUCCAAAUGCACAAAUGCAGGCAAAGGCAGACACGGCAUCUGCAUGUUUGGCAGAGCCGGCUCUGCUGCUGGGAAACACUGGCAGCAGCACGACAGAGAGUAGAGCCAGUCCCUGACAUCUCCCUGCCCACCUCCCCGGCCAACAUCCCUACCAGGCAGGCGCUGCUCAGCUUUUAUCUCACAAAGCCUCGUUUCCCUGGAAGCGGUGCUUCAGAGGUAUUUUUGGCACUCUUCCCCCCGAGGAUCCCCGCGCACGCGAUGCACGCGCAGCCACAAGCAUCCUCAGAGCUGGGCCGGGCUGCAAGCAGGCUCACAGCUCUGUGCUGUCCGGCUGGGGAUGAGCUACCAGUGCACCGGGGACGUGGUGAGAACCCAGGCGUGUUGCAUAUUAGGAGCCAUACCCUACUGGAGGAGGCUUUACGCUGGUGUUGUCACACCUUGACCAUGAACGGGUACCUGAAUGAAUCCAAUUUCAUGAUGGUGGAGGAGGGCUUCACCAGCAGGGACCUCCUGGAGAGCACCCUGGUGGAGCUGUGCCGGACGAUUUAUUGUAGGGUGACCAGCAAGCCUUCUUUGUGGCAGACCUUGGGGACAUUGUGAAGAAACACCUGCACUUCCUGAAGGCCUUGCCUCGUGUGAAACCGUACUUCCCUGUGAAGUGCAACAGCAGUGGAGGGGUGAUACGGCUGCUGGCUGAGCUGGGGGCAGGCUUUGCCUGUGCCAACAAGACAGAGAUUGCAGAGGUUCAGAGCAUUGGGGUCCCAGCUGACAAGAUUUUCUACAGCAGCCCUUGCAAGCAGAUUGCCCACAUCAAAUAUGCAGCCAGCCAUGGUGUGCAGCUGAUGACCUUCGACAACGAGGUGGAGCUGAGCAAGGUGGCCCGGAGCCACCCACAAGCCAGGAUGCUUUUGGGUAUUGCUGCUGACUCCAGCCCCUCUGCCCAUCCAAGCAUGACGUUUGGGGCCACGCUCAAGUCCUGCCGAUGCCUGCUAGAGUCAGCAAAGGAGCAAGAUGUGGAGGUAGUUGGCAUCAGCUUUCACCUUGGGAGACACAGCCUGGAGCCCCAAGUUUUUGCCCAGGCUGUGGCAGAGGCGCAGCUGGCAUUUGACAUGGGCGCAGAGCUGGGCUACCGAAUGCACCUCCUGGACAUCGGAGGGGGAUUUCCUGGCACCGAGGACACCAGAGCCCAGUUUGAGGAGAUUGCUGCUGUGAUAAACUCUGCACUAGACAUGUAUUUCCCAGAAGGGUGUGGGGUGGAGAUCAUUGCAACACCGGGACGAUACUAUGUCACCUCAGCCUUCACCUUUGCAGCCAGUAUCACCAGCAAGGAAGACAUUCCCGUGGAGCAGCCAGGCUCUGAUGGGGAAGAGUCUGGCAGCAAGAGGAGCUUUGUCUAUCACCUCAGCAAUGGCAUCUAUGGCACCUUCAGCUGUGUCCUGUUUGACGGUCCCUGCCCUAAGCCUCUGCUGCAUAAGAAGCCCUGCUCAGAGCAGCUCUUGUGCAGCAGCAGCCUCAGGGGUCCCCUGGGGCACGCAGAGGACCAGAUCACCGAUGACGUGGAGCUGCCUGAGCUGCAGGAUGGGGACUGGCUGAUUUUCCAGGACAUGGGUGCCUACAGCAUUGCGACUUCGUCCCUGUGCGGUGGGUGUCCACAGCCACACGUCACCUAUGCCAUGUCCCGCCUGGCCUGGAAAGCCCUCCAGCUCCUCCAGGGGAAGCCGCCGCCAGCAGAAGAUGACCACGAGAGCGCCUGCACUCCGCUGUCGUGCGGCUGGGAGAUGGUGGAGUCCCUCUGCGUCCCCCCAGUCUUCACCCCAGCCGGCAUCAUCUGAGCAGGGAAGGCCCACGCCAGCACCCUGCGCCCACGGGGCUGCAGGCAGAGCUCAGCACAGCACAGUCCUGCUCCUCCUGCUUGUAUGGAGCUGCGUGUGCUCAGCGGGUUUGGGUGCUUUCAUAGGAGUUAUGGUAAUAAAUGGGUGUUGAGCCUG